GCAACACCUGGAAGGAAAAGAGUCGGAAGGGGCGGCUCAGCCUGCCAGCAAAUCUGUGUGCUGCUCCCGAAACAGUUCCCUAGGAUGCCCACCACUACAGAGCAAGAUGAGCGGAUGAGGAAAUUCAAAAACCGUGGCAAAGACUUGGCAGUGAUGAGGGUACAAAGGAGGGAAGUUGGAGUUGAACUUCGCAAGGCGAGGAAGGACGAGCAGAUCUUGAAGCGGAGGAACAUCUGCUUCACGGCAGAAAAUACACUUUCUCCAGAAAAAGAGGAAAAGUCUGAGGCCGCCCAUCUCUCUCUGGAGGACAUGGUCAAGACGAUACAGUCGGACGACCCGCAGUUACAAAUGAAGGCGGCCCACGCAGUCCGGAAGCUGCUCUCCAGGCAGAAGAAUCCGCCCAUCAACCAAGUCAUCGAAAGCGGGAUCAUUCCGAAACUGGUGGACUUCUUGUACCACCACGAUGUCCCUGGCUUGCAAUUCGAAGCCGCCUGGGCGCUCACAAACAUUGCUUCGGGAACCUCGGACCAGACCAGGGCGGUGGUGGAAGCCAACGCCAUCCAAGCCUUUGUCGUCCUCUUAUCUUCUCCCUAUCUGCACAUCUGUGAGCAAGCGGUGUGGGCCAUGGGCAACAUCGCAGGUGACGGACCGUUGUACAGAGAUGCCCUGAUCAGCUUCAAUGUGAUUCCGCCGCUUUUGGCGCUGGUGGCCCCCACGACCCCGGUUGGGUUCCUGCGGAACAUCACCUGGACGCUCUCCAACCUCUGCAGAAACAAGAACCCCUGCCCUCCUCUCGGGGCCGUGAAGCAGAUCCUCCCCACGCUCACCUGCCUGCUGGAGCACGAGGAUGAAGAAAUCCUGACGGAUGCCUGCUGGGCCAUCUCUUACCUGACCGACGGAUCCAAUGAUCGGAUUCAAGUGGUGGUAGAGGCGGGUGUCCUGUCGCGGCUGGUGGUGUUUCUGACCCAUGCGGAGCUCCCUCUUCUGACUCCAGCUCUCCGCGCAAUGGGCAACAUUGUCACGGGGACAGACCAGCAGACGCAGAUGGCCAUUGAUGCGGGCGUGCUGUCGGUUCUGCCCCGUCUCCUGCGUCACCCGAAGUCAACCGUGCAGAAGGAGGCGGCCUGGACCCUGAGCAACAUCGCAGCCGGGCCCUGCAGCCAGAUCCAGCAGCUGAUCACCUGCGGCUUGCUCCCCUCGCUGGUGGAGUUGCUGGAUAAGGGUGAAUUCAGAGCCCAGAAGGAGGCGGUCUGGGCAGUUGCCAACUUCACCACUGGGGGCACUGUGGAGCAAGUGGUGGAACUGGUCCAGGCGGGGGUCUUGAAGCCUUUAUUGAACUUGUUGACAGCCCGAGAUGGUAAAACCAUCCUCGUUGUCUUGGACAGCAUCUCGAACUUCUUCCUGUCUGCCGAAAAACUAGGUGAGACGGAGAAGCUAUGCCUUCUUAUAGAGGAACUUGAUGGAUUGGAGAAAAUUGAAGCUCUCCAGACUCAUGAGAAUGUCUUAAUUUAUCGAGCUGCAUUGGGCCUCAUUGAGAAAUACUUUUCCGAGGACGCCGAAAACACAAAUCCAGAAGCAGACCAAGAAAGGAAGACUCUGCCUUUUGAGGCUGAGCACCAAGGGUUCUACAGCUUCUAAAAGAGAAGGUGACACCCCCCAGACAUCUGGAUAACCUGGUGAUGGUUGCACAGUGUGGCAGUCCGAGCACUUUGAGGGAAGCUAAUGGCUCCCAUUUGUACUUCCAUUUAUGGAAAUAAAUCACUUUCUAAGAUUUGUAAGA